AUGGAAAUCCACAAGCGCAAUGCAUGGAUCUCGCAGGCACCGCUCUGGCUUGAUCGGCCUCUGAUCUUGUCUAUUGCGGUUAGCACCGAGUCCACCAACGAUCGAUCCAUUUAUCUUGCUGCCAUUAAGAUGGUUCACGGGCUCUUGGAGCAGGUGAAUCACAGCCAGGCGGAAUUUAAUCUUUGGCUGCAACGUCUACGAGACCCCAACCAGGACCCAACAGCCAACCCACCCAUCAAGCUCCUCGACUUCUUUGCGUCGAAAUACGACAACACCGAUCCUAGUCGCGCUUUGCUUUACGACACCAAAAAGGCCCAAGCGUCGCCUCCCUCCCUCGCCCAAGCUGGUGGUUUAAACGCCGAUCUGACCGCCCGGUUCGUGAAGAACUUCAGCACCCAGUGCUGGGCCCAGCAAACAGCUCCGACACAAUCACCACGCGAAGUCUUCUUCCUCAUUGGGCCUUGCAGCUGCGGAAAGAGCAUCGCAGCCCAGACCCUAGCACAGCGUCUCCAGAUCCCCACCAUCGAAGGCGACGACCUGCACUCGCCGAUUGCCCUCGCAAAAAUGGCCAACAACCUGCCCCUGCAGGACUCCGAUCGCUGGAACUGGCUCGCUCACAUCCGCGGCGCUGCGCACUACCUACCGCGAUGA